AUGAACGACAACAGUGAUAUUGCCAGUUUUCUUUCCGGAGUUACCCCCUCCUCGUUCGAGAACGAAGACCUGAGAAUCAAAACGCUCUUGGCCGCGUAUGCCCUGAUAGCACGGCUGGAGACCCCAUGGGAGACCACUGCCAGACUUUGUAUGGGCCAGCCGGCGCUGGGAGCUGCCCUGAAGGUGUGCAAAGACCUUGAGCUCUUUGAAAACUGGCAUCAAGUGGGAGAUCAUGCAGCAACUGCAGAUGAGCUUUCCAAGCUUGUACCGUGCGAGACCGCUCUUCUAGAUCGUCUCUUACGACAUCUAGCCUCAAACCAUAUGCUCAAAGAGCCAUCCAUUGGCGUUUUCGAGCCAACCCCAUUCACCAAGUCCCUCCUCCAGCCGGUAUUUGGUGAAUGGAUUAACCACUUGUACGACGCUACACUGCCAUGCUUCUUCAAGAUGCCGGACUUUUUGGCAAAAACUGGCUAUAAACUUCCCCUUGACCCAGCGGAUGGCGUGUUUCAGUACACCAAGAACUGGAAAGGCGAUAUGUUCAACUACUACGAAGCCCACCCUCGCGAGGGCGAAUCCUUCAACCACGUCAUGGGGGGCGUCAUGGCCAACCAGGCCGGCUGGUUGGAUAUCUUCCCACACGAGCGAAUCUUGGAGACCUCACGCGAAGAUACGCCUCUUGUCGUCGAUAUCGGCGGCAACAUUGGACAUGACAUGGAACGCUUCCGUGAGGCGCACACUGAAUCCGCCAGCCGACUCUACUUGCAGGACCGACCCGAGGUUGUCAAGCUGUCCAAAUGUCCAGACCCAGUGAAUAAAAUGGGCUACGACUUCUUCUCUCCGCAGAUAAUCAAGGGAUCUCGGGUUUACUACAUGCACGGUGUGCUCCAUGACUGGUCUGACGAGCCCGCUCGCAAGAUCCUCGCUAUGCAGAGAGAUGCUAUGACACCGGGAUAUAGUACGCUGUUAAUCCACGAUCAUAUUGCUCCCCGGGCGCUCGCGCAUCCACAUACCACUGCGUACGAUUUGACCAUGAUGGUUAUGGUGGCUGGUACGGAGCGGACUGAGGUGCAGUGGGAGGAGUUGCUGCGACUGGAGGGAUUCAAAGUGGUCAAGAUCUGGAGGUCUCUACUGGCAGUGCAGGGUAUUAUCGAGGCAGAAUUAGUGUGA